AUGGCGAAGCACUCGAGGAUGAUCUUAUACCUUGACAAAGUACAAGGGUUAUUGAAGGCGUUUCCCACCUUCACCAUCCAGCGGGUGCCCCGAGCAGAAAACGCACACGCAGAUGCACUGGCAAGCAUCAUACUCCGGGCCUCAUCUCACUUGCAUCAAGUACCCACAAACGCUCGAGGUUCUCUGCAAAAUACACGAUGGUUAAAAUGUAGAAAUCACGCUGGGGGCAGAUCGCUUGCUCAGAAGGCUCUCAGCAUUGGCUAUUUCUGGCCUACCAUGCACCAAGACUCCACGGAAUAUGCUCGAAGAUGUGAUCGAUGCCAACGCUACAAGCCGGUCCCUGGCCUGCCCGCUGAGGAAUACCAUCUGCAAAAUAGUCCAUGGCCAUUUAUACAGUGGGCCAUUGACUUGGUGGGACCGAUGCCGACCGCACCUGCCAAUAAAGAGAUGAUUAUCAUUGCCACUGAUUACUUCACCAAAUGGAUCAAGGCCGAGGCUUUAUCUUCUACCAAGGAAGCCGAUAUUGAAUGA